UUGGACUAAUGAUUACACCAGACUCUAGUAAAGUAAGGGUGACGCGUUUGCAGCGAUACAAUUGAAAAGAAAGCAGUAACAAGUCGUCUUGUGUGUCGGAUCAGUGGAACAACAAGGGAGCAAAUUGAACGGAUGGAAUUUACGAGUAACGGUGUUCAACUAUGAGAUAAGCAGCUUGAUCAACUCUCUCCCGCGCUGGAUCCUCUACAUUUAGGCCUGAUGGAGCUGGGCACACGACAAGCGCUGACUGCCGGGGAACACGCCCCCCCUCGCCGACCUUGAAAGGAGGGACACUCCGCUACUCCCAACCUUCCCUCCUCUUCCACUACCUCCUCUGGUACACCUCCCUCCCUCCCUCCCUGGUCCUGAGAUGGUGAUGGUGAUGAUGAUGAAGCUGAAGCAGAACCUGCUGGUGGCCUGUCUGGUCAUCAGCUCAGUCACAGUCUUCUACUUGGGUCGUCACGCCAUGGAGUGUCACCACCGCAUCGAGGAGCGCAGCAGCCAGCCUGGGGACCAAGGGGUUCUGGGGGGCCUUCAGGGGCCAAGAGGGUUGCUCCUGGGGGGUUCUUUGAGCUCCUCCGCCAUCCUGCGGGGCUCUGGCCCCGGGGCCCAUAACCUCUCCGCUCCAUUCGUCUACAACAAGGACAUGCCUCUAGUGUUCAUUGGAGGGGUUCCCAGGAGUGGGACCACGUUGAUGAGAGCCAUGCUGGACGCUCACCCCGAGGUUCGUUGUGGAGAGGAGACCAGGGUUAUUCCACGUAUCCUGGCCAUGAAACAGAUGUGGUCGCGGUCGGGGAGGGAGAAGAUGCGUCUGGACGAGGCCGGGGUGACGGACGAGGUCCUGGACGCCGCCAUGCAGGCCUUCCUCCUGGAGAUCAUCGUGAAGCACGGCGAACCCGCCAACUUCCUCUGUAACAAGGACCCCUUCGCUCUGAAGUCCCUCUCCUACCUGGCUAAGAUCUUCCCGCACGCCAAGUUCGUGCUCAUGAUCCGUGACGGACGCGCCUCGGUCCAUUCGAUGAUCUCGCGUAAGGUGACGAUCGCUGGCUUUGACCUGGGCAGCUACAGAGACUGCCUGACCAAGUGGAACAGGGCCAUAGAGACCAUGUACACUCAGUGCCUGGAUGCCUCAGACAAGUGCCUGCCGGUGCAUUAUGAACAGCUGGUGCUCCAUCCAGAGAAGUGGAUGAGGACGCUGCUCAAAUUCCUGGACAUUCCCUGGAACGAGGCGGUGCUUCACCAUGAGGAACUCAUAGGGAAAGCAGGAGGUGUUUCCCUGUCCAAGGUGGAGAGGUCUACAGACCAGGUGAUCAAGCCGGUCAACGUGGAGGCCUUAUCCAAGUGGGUGGGCAAGAUUCCUGUGGACGUACUGCGGGACAUGCCCGUCAUCGCCCCCAUGUUGUCCCGUCUGGGGUACGACCCCCACGCCAACCCUCCCAACUACGGCCGGCCAGACCCCAAGGUCCUUGACAACACCAGGAGGGUGAGUGGGGAAACGAAUGACAGUGACAUGUCAACCCACAACACAUACCUCAGACACACUCAUCCACACAACUCUAGUGUACUGAGAAACACUGGGACGCAUGUUAAACACACUCCCAUACACACAAUGCAUUCCGAUGCUUUCCGAUGCAUUCCGAUGCUUUCCGAUGCAUUCCGAUGCUUUCCGAAACAUUCCGAUGCAUUCCGAUGCUUUCCGAUGCAUUCCGAUGCUUUCCGAAACAUUCCGAUGCAUUCCGAUGCUUUCCGAAACAUUCCAAUGCUUUCCGAUGCUUUCCGAUGCUUUCCGAAACAUUCCGAUGCAUUCCACAAAGGAUCUGAAGUUUCCUCUGAAGCAGGAAGCAGAUCUGAGAAUUGUAUUCUUAGGUUCCCAGGACUCUUUCUCUAGUUGCAUCGCCUUUCAAAUCGCCUGUCCAAUCUCUGACUCCCAUUAAAUUACCUGUCCAAUCUCUG